AUGCUCAAGGAGGGUGGCGGUCACGCGAUGUCUCGUGUUUUAUCUGGUCAAUUGGAAGGAAAGUUAAGUGCAUAUUCUGAAGUUAAGGGGUAUGCGGACACAAUUGCGAGCGCCUGUUACUUUCUAUCAAAAGUAGGAAAUAACAAUCCAACGGACAAUACACCCUGUUAUUUCUUUUAUUAUUGGUUGGGGAAAAUAUUAUUUGACAAACUAACAGGUAGUCAAGUUCCGGAUUUAAUGAAUAUAAUUUACACAGCUUGGAAAAGAUCCAAUUUAGGAAUUAGUUGUAUAAUUAAGAACAUUCAUGAUACUGAUAAGAGUGUUUUCGAGCAGAAUAAAAAAAAAUUCGACCUUAGUCAAGACUACCACCCCAAACAAGACCAACUGAAGAAUUAUUAUGAACUCUGUGAUAGUGGCUAUAAACAGAUAGCAGGCCGAGGAACUGCCCCAACCGUUCCUAAUAAUGUACAACAACAAUGUAAAAGUGAUAAUGGUGGUUCAUACUGUAAGAAAUUUAGAACGAAAUAUAGUAGUUCCUGCAAUCUGGGGGAUUCAUCAAAAUUAACGUGCACAAUAGUGGAGAAACCGCAAAUUGAAACACAUAUGAAGAAUCAAAAUCUGCAGGAGGGAGCAGAAUCCCACAAUGAUGGUACACCACAACAUAGGGACUCCGAAGUGGAAAUUCCUCCUUCCACCCCCACUGCAACCAUUGCAGUUCCUUCUGCAAUUGCCACAUUAGGAAUAGGAAUACCAACAGUUCUUUUCUUUUUAUAUAAGUAUGAUCUUUUGCCUUCUGGCAUAAUAAACAUGUUCUUUGGGAACAAUAGCAGUAAUAGAAACAGAAGAGGGAAAAGGAGAUCCACUGGACGCAACUUUGAUAGGCUUACGGAAUACACAACGGAAGGAAGUUCCACAAUAGAAGGUUCUUCCACAACAGAUUAUUCCACAGCAUCAGAAUUGGAUGUGCAGUCUACAAGAGCAGGAACAACGAAUACGACAAAUAAUAAUAAUACUCCACCAGGUCAUCAUCACAGGAAGAACAAAAAUAUACGUUAUCAACGUAUGUAA